AUGACCCUGUCUGGAGGCAGCGAACGAGCCAGCGACAUGUCCGGCCAAACUGUGCUCACGGCGGAGGACGUGGACAUCGACGUGGUGGGCGAGGGAGACGAGGAGGGCAUGGAGAGGGUGGACAGCGACUGCGACAGCCCGGUGGGAGGCAUCCUGCGAGACCUCCGGGGAGACGAGGAGGAGGAGGAUGAUGAGAUCGAGGUGGAGAAGGAGGAGACCGGGUCCGGCGGAGGGAGCAGUCCGUGCUGCGAGAGCUCCGGGGAGGGAGAGACAGGCACCGGGAAGGGAGAGGGUCAAGAGCAGGGUGCGACGGGAGGCGGGGUCCAGAAACCCAAAAACAGCCUGGUGAAGCCGCCGUACUCCUACAUCGCCCUCAUCACCAUGUCCAUCCUCCAGAGCCCGCAGAAGAAGCUCACCCUCAGCGGGAUCUGCGAGUUCAUCAGCAGCCGCUUCCCGUACUACCGGGAGAAGUUCCCGGCGUGGCAGAACUCCAUUCGCCACAACUUGUCCCUCAACGACUGCUUUGUGAAGAUCCCCCGGGAGCCCGGAAACCCAGGAAAGGGCAACUACUGGACCCUGGAUCCGGCCUCGGAGGACAUGUUCGACAACGGCAGCUUCCUCAGGAGGAGGAAAAGGUUCAAGAGAGUUCAGCCGGACAUGCUCAGGGACCAGACCGCUCUCAUGAUGCAAAGUUUCGGCGCGUACAGCCUCGGUGGGCCCUACGGGAGGCACUACGGGAUCCACCCGGCGUACACCCACCCGGCAGCCCUGCAGUACCCGUACAUCCCCCCGGUGGGACACAUGCUGCCCCCGGGCGUCCCGCUGCUGUCCUCGGCGGAGCUGAACAGGAAAGCUUUCAACUCGCAGCUCAGCCCGAGUCUCCAGCUCCAGCUCAACAGUCUGAGCACCGCGUCCAUGAUUAAGUCGGAGCCGUCGAGCAGACCGUCCUUCAGCAUCGAGAACAUCAUCGGGGUCUCCAGCGCCUCCUCGGUCUCACCAGCUUUCCUGCGGCCUCCGGUGACCGUCCAGUCGGCCCUGCUGAGCGCUCAGUCUCUGUCUCUGAGCCGGACCUCCGCCGCUAUCGCCCCCAUGCUCAGCGUGCCGUCAAACAUGCUUUCUGGACACGUUUUACCCUCAGCGGCGGCUGUGUCCAAAUGGCCUUCACAUUGA